GUUGUGUGGGGAGAACUGGGGGUUGUUUGGCUUGCAUGGCAAAAACGCCGGUCGCGUUCUCUCUGCUGUGGCAACUUGUGGUGGUCUCCGCCGAAAACAGUCUCAACGCGUUCCUCGAGUCGGUUGUGUGUGUCGCGGAGUCAACUUUCAAUUUAUGCUGUGGCAAUGUCAGCGUCGCAUAAUUAAAUAAAACAACCAAGAAGUAUUCGAAGAAGUCACAAAUAAUAUAAUAUCGCUUAACAAUGCCCGAUCGCUAUGCUAAUGGUGUGACCAACAGCUUGGUCGAGCCCCCUGUUGCCAAUGGAGCUGAUCGAGACGCUGUCGAGCAGGACGAUAAUGACAAGAUUGUGCUAAAACGGAAGCUUACGCUUAUCAAUGGAGUUGCCAUUAUCGUUGGCACAAUUAUCGGAUCGGGCAUUUUUAUAGCGCCCACCGGAGUUUUCUUCUACACCGAAUCUGUCGGAAGUUCUCUCUUUGUUUGGUCGGCCUGCGGUAUUCUUUCGACUAUUGGUGCUCUCUGCUACGCUGAAUUGGGCACAAGCAUCACCAGAUCCGGUGGCGAUUAUGCCUACUUGUUGGUGGCAUUUGGGCCACUUGUUGGAUUUUUACGCCUAUGGAUUGCAUUGCUAAUUAUCAGACCCACUACUCAGACAAUUGUGGCGCUAACCUUCGCACAUUAUGCGGCCAAGCCCUUCUUCGAGGAUUGCGAUCCGCCCCAGAAUGCUGUAAAGUUGCUGGCAGCUGUUUGCCUCUGUUUACUAACGGCAAUUAAUUGCUUGUCGGUUAAGGUGUCGAUGAAGGUGCAGGAUAUUUUUACAGUGGGAAAACUGCUGGCCUUGGUCAUGAUAAUACUCGCUGGCGUCUAUUAUAUGGCCACUGGCAAGCUGGACAACUUUUCCAAUCCAUGGGAGGGUAACUACAGUGCCCGCAAUAUUGGCUAUGCUUUCUACUCUGGCCUAUUUGCCUUUGGCGGAUGGAAUUACUUGAACUUUGUCACUGAAGAGCUUCAGGAUCCCUACAAAAACCUGCCACGCGCCAUUUGGAUUGCUAUGCCCCUGGUUACGGGCAUCUAUGUGCUCGUCAAUCUCGCCUACUUUGCUGUGGUAUCCAAGCCCGAGAUGCUCAGUUCGUUGGCCGUCGCAGUUACCUUUGGCAAUAAGGUAUUUGGACCACUCGCUUUCAUGGUGCCCAUAUUCGUGGCAUUGAGCACCUUCGGCGGUGUCAACGGCGUGCUCUUCACUUCGGCUCGUCUUUUUGCUACUGGUGCUCAGGAGGGUCAUUUGCCCAAGUUCUUCCAGUUGUUCCAUGUCAAGCAACAGACGCCCAUUCCAUCACUUAUAUUUACAUGCCUGAUGUCAUUAUUCAUGCUCUUGACGGAUAAUGUCUACGAGUUGAUCAACUACUUUAGCUCGGUGCUCUGGCUCUCGGUGGUCGCCAGCAUAGCGGGCAUGUUGUGGCUGCGGCACAAGAAACCAAAGCUUCCACGACCCAUCAAAGUGCAUUUGGCAUUGCCCAUCAUCUUUAUGACCUGUUGCGUCACCUUGGUGCUAUUGCCCAAUUUCGAGGAGCCCUUCAAUCUGUUCGUUGGCAUUGCCAUCACACUCGCCGGCAUUCCAUUUUAUUAUGUGUGCAUCGCCUGGAAGAAUAAGCCUCAUUGCUAUGGUCGCCUCUCGAAUGGCAUGGUGAAUCUGUGUCGUGCCAUCUUCAAUACAACCAUCAUCGAGUCGAAUGAAUCGCUUAAGUAAAUGUAAACUCGAAGCAGCAGCAUUUAGUUGGUUGGAUCACUCAAAUUAGAUAUUCUUUGCCGAGCAUGUUUUUGUAUGAUAUUUUGCGAUAAGAUAGAUAGCAUUUCUCAAAUCCACAAUGGAAACGUAGUUUAUAUUUUGUAUUAUCAUGGUAUUUAUUGAAGCGAUCAGCAGUCGCUAGCCUAGCUCUUAAGUUGUUGCUAAUUUGAUGCAGUUUUUUGAGUUUUUCAUAUACACAAAAAGUAUAUAUGUACGCAUCGACUUGUCUCAGUUGUGACACUUUUAGGGAAAAUAAAGCAUAAGCAAAACCUAGUUGUAAGCUACAAAUGAAAGUAUCUUUAUCCAAGUUCUGAUGAACACAAUCUACAUAUAAAUGUUGUAUGGAGCUUAUUCAGAUGAAUUUAUAAAUGUUAUUAAAUGCAAAACCAAUUUAUGAA